UGACGUCAUUAUGGCCUAUCACCUGUUUGUUCUGGGAGCGAUGUGAAGGGCCGUUCACCUGUUCACCACCUUCCCCUGUUCACCAUGGGCGUCGGCCGGCCGGGAGCGGGCAUCACGAGCCCCGUGAAAAUCGUGGCCAAUAUUUUCAUCUCUUUUAUUGGUGCUGGGAUGCUGGGACUGCCCUUUGCGUUCAAGGAGGCAGGUAUUAUGGAAGGAGCCUUGAUUAUGGCAGUUGUUGGGUACCUGAGUGUUGCAGCCAUGCUGAUGCUGAUUGACUGCAAGUACGCCAUACUGUCCUCAGGAGGCAGAGCAGGGGGCAGAUCUAUUAUUAUGGAGAAGAAGGUGCCGCUAUUACCUCCAGACUCCUCAGAUGAUGAGGACGAGGAUGAGCGCCACCCACCCACUCCCUCCACAGACCUCACGUAUGGUGAUGUGGGGCUCUAUGCAUUGGGUCCCGGUGGCAAGCGUCUCGUUGAUAUUGCCAUUGUAGUUUCGCAGAUUGGGUUCUGCUGUGGGUACCUGAUAUAUUUGUGUAAGAACCUCAACCUGUACAUUCCAAGAAUCAGCCAAAAAGUAUGGCUGAUACUCCUCUUGCCUCCUCUAUACCUCCUCACCCUCCUGAGGCACCUCAACAAAUUAGCUGUCUUCAGCUUGUUUGCCCAGAUCUCCAACGUACUUGCACUGGCUGUAGUGUUCUGGUUUGACUUCUCGCACUCAGAGGAGGUGCCUUUCCAGCCCAAUGAGUUCUCUAUAAAGGGGUUCCCAUUCUUCUUUGCAGUGGCAAUCUAUUGCUAUGAGGGUGCAGGCAUGAUUUUUUCUCUAGAGGAAUCUGUUGCAGAGAAGAAGCGAGACAAGUUCCGCUCGAUAUUUGUAUGUACAAUGACAGGACUCACCACACUGUACAUAUGCUUUGGUGUGUCGGGAUAUGCAUCCUUUGGUCCACAUACAAUGGACAUCAUUACCUUGAACCUGCCUCAUAGCAGCGGGUCAGUGGACUUUGCAGCAAUGGUCAAGAUUUGCCUCGGAAUUUCGCUCUUCUUCACCUACCCAAUGAUGAUGUUCCCUGUAACGCAUCUCCUUGAUAAGACAUUUGGACUGCAAAAUGCACCUCAUAAGGGGAACAUGUUACGAAUGGUGCUGGUGAGUUUGACGGGUUUAGUCGUGAGUGCAGUUCCAAACUUUGGCAUCUUGAUUAGCCUUAUUGGUGCCACCUGCUGCACUCUCUUGGCAUUCAUCCUUCCUGCUGCCUUCCAUCUCUCCAUCUUCCGGCAGAGACUUACAAAGCGACAGUGGUACUUCGACAUGUUCUUGGUUGUGCUGGGUGUUAUAGGCUCUGUGGUGGGUCUCUGGGAUGCCUUCAACAGGAUGAGUGAAGGUCAUGACCCACUGCUGGAGGUUAAUGAGUUUUCACAGUCAACGGGGAGAAACAAUAGCCUCCACAACCACAUCAAGGUAACUCUUGCACCAGCCAGCAACAUAAGUGUGCUUUCAACAUCUGUUCUGAAAAACAUAACUGAAGCAGAAGCCACUUAUGGUAAAUUGAAUACCACCACAGACAUGACUCGGAUGUCUGUCAAAGAUGGUAGGAUAAAAGUAGGAAAAAAUAAGACGACAGUUAGGCCGGUAGAAGAAUUGAAUGCAGGCUCACCUAGUUCACCAAGUGCUGCACCAGGAAUGUUGACAAAUGUAGCAGAGGCUGACAAAAAUCACAGUAGUGGUAAACUAAAUCAGAUAGGUUUAGGUGCCAAGGUAGUGACUAAAACAGUAGAUCAGCAAGGAACAUAUAAAUCAGACUCUCCCAACAAAGCUGAAACAGACAGUUCAUUGCCUUCAAUUGUGCCUACUGAGGUAAACAACAAAAAGAUAGAUAGUACAAUAUCAACUCAGAGAGUUGAAGAAGAUCUGUCAACUUCUGAGAAAGUCCAGCCAGUCCAGGAAUCUGCAAAAGAAACAGUCACUAAGAGUAAGAAGACUUGAAAACAUGGGGAUUUUACAUUCUUUUGUACAUAUUAUGGAAUGACACAAACUUUGUGAUUUUGGCUGCCUGAGGAAAUAGUCUAUAACAGCACACCUAUGCUUUCUUAGAACUCAUAGUUGUUACAUGUUCCAUGCAUAAAAAUAAACUAUGUAACAUAGACCUUUUAAAUUUGUGCAAUUUUUUUGUGAUAUUCACAAAAUUAGGAUUUCCAUAAACUUUCUAGUCUUCCUGUCAGCUGAUUUGUAAACAUCUUAAUGCUCAGUGACGUUGCAGUAAAAUAAUAAAUGUAGCUAACUUUAUUUUUAGAAUUUACUUUAUUUUUUUAUGUUAUUUUACAUGCUUGUGUGUUGUUGGUGGUGGAAUAGUCAUGUUUAUUUAUUACUGGUAUACAGUUCUUAUCCAUUUUCAAUGUGUCAUGUUCUGACACAAGGUGCUAAAUUGGGAAUAGUAGCAUUCCAUUUUUUCCUAAAGUGAUGUGAAAAAGUGUGUUUGUCUAAAAGAAGAAUAAGUAAUAUGGAAAAGUGAAAGUUCCUGUUUAACCCUUUUUUUUAACCUCAAAACAUUGUCUUUUAUAUAGAGCUUAUUUUUAUUCCCCACCUUAUUUCAAUUCAUGGCAUUCUGU